CCUUGAAUGUGUAGAAAUGGAACAUCCGGGUUCCAUCCAGAAUGUGCUGCUUGCAAUACAUGGCUCAGGGCAAGAUCCAGUCUGGACCUCUGGCCACUCAGGGCUACAGUUAAAAUCCCCCCUGUUUGCAGAGGAAGGAAGGAACAGGAAGAUGGAAAACCCAGCAGGUUCUGGGGAAAGUGACCGGGGUAGCUGGUGCCCCAGUGAGUUAAGAGGAUCCAGGUUUUUUUUUAAUCAUUUGCAUUACCAACCUAUAGUAAUGCACUGGUACUUCUAAAGCAAAGGUUCUGAAUCUGAAUUUCCAGUUCACUGUGUACAUUAAUUAAUGAACUUGCUGUUCAGUUUCAAAGGCUGGUAGUAGCAAGGCUGCCUCUAGACAGGUGGCUGCUGGUGCUAAGAAAUCGUCACACUUCUGCAGAAUUGCCAGCGGUAUUGCAGUGGACUUUCCAUGAUGUGAUUCCUGUUUAGCAGGGGUCCUCAAACUUUUUUAACAGGGGGCCAGUUUGCUUUCCCUCAGACACUGUUGGGGGCCGGACUUUGGUUUGGCAAAAAAUAUGACCAGAUUCCUAGGCACACUAUUUUAUUUGUAGUGCACAAAAAACAGGAAAAACAAUACAAUAUUUAAAAUGAAGAACGAUUUUAAUCAACAUAAACUUGUAAGUAUUUCAAGGGGAAGUAAGUGUGAGUUGCAGCAGUCCUAUGCAGGCAAUUCCCCAUUUACAUGGGGAUUACGUUCCAAGGCACCGCACACCUUUGUGAAAUUGUGUACAAUUGGAACACCAAUGGAAAAAGCCUACAAACACUUAGUUUCACCCCUGCCCCUUUUUGUGAUGUUUUUAGGCAUUUCUUUUUGAAAUAAUUUUUAUUAAAGAUUUUCUUGGUUUACAAAGUAUGUGUCUUGUCGUUUUUUUCAUCCCUCACUUCUUGUCUCUUUCAGGUAUGGUGGAGGGAAGGAAAUCUGUGUAUAACCAUAAAAGGAGAUCCUAAACAGGAAUAACUUUCAUUGACAGGCUAAGAACACUAUGGGGCCAGUGGUCUUCUUUCCAUGGCCCAAUAGUGCUGGCUUUCCUGUGUCUUGUAUCAUUUUUGUGCUACAGUGGAACCUUGGUUGUCGAACGCUUUGGAAGUUGAUCAUUUUAGCUUUUGAACGCCGACAACCCGUAAGUGAAUGCUUGUUUUCAAAUGCGCCUUGGAAGUCAAAUGGCUUCUGAAGCACGUUUCUCCAUUUUUUCAAUGGAUCUUGCCGACCAGCAAUUGCUCCUCGGUUGUCAAACAUUUCAGAAGUUGAACGGUCUUCUGGAAUGGAUUACAUUUGACAACUGAGGUUCCACUAUAUAUUUUAACUGUGCUAUUCCCAUUGUUUUCUGUGGUCUAUCAUAUUUUGUUUGCAAGCUGCCUUGAGAGGAUAUUGUCCCAUAAAAUGACAUAAACCAACUUUGAGAAGAAUGGUGACGACAACAUAAAUACUUGCAUGAAACAGGCUGGUUGAAGUGAUGCGUUUUGUCACUCAGUCCAACCAUGAGGCAUGAGGACGGCACUCUCUGUUUUGCCUCAGUGGCACAUAGUGCUGGGCCAGCCCUGUUGUCCCCCAGACUCAGGUCCACACUUGUAACACAUUUGUCUAUGCUUCCUUUGUGCUCCUUUUUAGCUGAAGACCAUUCCAGGGUCUACAUUGCACAUUUUGUCAAAGGGGAGAUGAAGCUGGAGAAGCCAGACAGAGUGGAGCCUCAUCACGCUGUUCUGGAAAACCCCAAGUUCUCUUCCCUUGGAAUCGUUUUCAAAAAGUGGUUUAAGCAAAAGAUCAACACCGUGGCGAGGCUCUAUCAGAUACUUCGAUUCAACAUGCCAAUAUUCCACCUAUACCUCUUACCCAAUGACCCCUCCCUAAUAAAGGCUGUUGAUGAGCAUGAAGCAAAGCACCAUUACCAGAGAAUAGUGAAACCCCCUGGGACCCUGAAAAGUCUGAAGAUCGGCACUCAGGUCUUUGUGCAGACCUUAGACAACGUCACAAUUUGCCCUGAGGAAGUGAAGUUUCAAUACCUGAGUGCCGAGAAGGAGCAGCACUUCGUGGAGCUGUCUGCUGGGCAAAUGCAAGAGAAGUUCAGCUUCACGCUGGUGGAGAAGCGCACAAAUGAACUCAUCUGGAAGGCCCAUGUGAACCAAGGAGAGUUAGAUCCAGGUCAGAUGAAUUCCUCUAUUCUGUGCCCAGUAGAACGUGAUUGUGGCUCCUCACUGCCCCAUACACCAUCCCAGAGAAAAGUAGAAAAAAUCCCAUCUAAACCAGCAACGGAGAAGACCAUCGCAGACUGCCUGAUGUCCACGCUGGAGAACCUGGAGGAGGACGAACUCAAGAGAUUCAAGCUCAAGCUCCACGAGUUCCCCCUCAGGGAGGGCUAUGACAACAUCCCCCUAGGGAAACUGGAGAAGGCAGAUGUGGUGGAUUUAUGCCAGCGCCUUCUGAGUUCCUACAUGGAAGAUUAUGCUGUGCAGGUGACGGCCAAGGUCCUCAGAGCCAUCAACUGCAGGAAUGAGGCACAGAAGCUCCUUGCCCUCACUGGGAAGGAGUAAGGAAAAAGGAAUGCCGUCUCGUGGAACUCAACAUGAGUUAAGGGAAAAGGAAGGAGGAUAGCUUUACACCAGGGGUAGCCAAUCUGACACCCUUCAGCUGUUCGUUUAUUUCACUUAAUAAUAAUAAAAAUUCAUAUGCAGUGGUACCUCGGAAGUCCAUUUGACUUCCAAAAUGUUUGGAAACCAAGGCACGGCUUCCUGCAGCCAAUCGGCAGCCAUGGAAGCUGCGUCGGACAUUUGGGUUCCAAAGAACGUUUGCAAACUGGAACACUCACUUCCGUGUUUGCAGCAUUUGGGAGCCAAAAUGUUCGACUUGCAAGGCAUUCGGGAUCCAAGGUACGACUGUACUGCUUAGCUGUAAAAGCAAUUUGCAGAAUAUAAGAUAAAUAUUUUAAAAGUCAGAAGUUUAAAAAGCAUGCUGAAUCUUGUUCAGAUUAUAUAUCUGAACAAUUAUGUAUCUGCCUUUGCAAAGCACAGGAAAUAUAGGUUGCUAGACCUUUUAAGUAUCCCAGUAUUAAGCAUUGACAAUGUGCUCUCCCGUCUCUACCCCUCUCACAAUGAAUUAGAUCACAUGUUGAGUAAGUUUUAAAAGGUUUACUACUUCCAUAAUAUGAGGUCUCAGUCAUAGAUCUGAGUGUCACAGCAAAAGCAAUGCAGGUAGACAAAUUUAUUGAGUACAAAAUUACGAAGUCAGGUCCAAAAUGGAGUCUGGGUUCAGGGAGGCGCUCAGACACUUGUUCUCUGAUCUAUGUUCCACAAAGGAGAGAGAAAGAGAGGAACAGGAAGAAAGUUUUACUUCCUCUCAGGAGGAGAGGGGGAGUGACCUCACAGAGUCUUCCCAAGCAAUUAAGAAACUCUGUGAGGUUUAACCCCUUCAUUCACUAACUAGCAAUUCUUGCAGUUAAAAUGAUGGGGCGCAAAAUAUUCCACAACGCCUCCAUCAUUGUCCUUGCAGCCGGAAACCCUUUCUAUACCAA